AUGCCACUGAACCGAACACAAAAAAUGGUUAAAACGAUUGCAGCCUCCAGCCACACACGAGUGCUGGAUAUGUACCAGGCAAUGCUGAGGGAGAGCAAGCACUUCAGUGCCGACAACUACAAAACUUACACCAUCAGGAGGAUAAGAGAUGUCUUCAGAGAAAAUAAGAAUGUAAAGGAUCCUGUAAAAAUUCAAGCCCUAAUGAAUAAAGCCAAAAGAGACCCUGGGAUAAUCCAUAGACAGGUCCACAUUGGCCAACUAUAUUUGACUGACAAGCUUGUCAGUUAG